AUGCCCCGUAGAAUUGUAGUUUCCCAAAGAGGCAGGAGGUGCAGCAUCGCCAAGAUCCUGCGGCAGUACCGUGCAGUCAUCUUCCAUGAGCUCCAGAACCUGAGGAACCUGACUGGGUCGGUGUACAGGAGCGGGAGGGCCGGGCCCGCUUGCCGUUCGGACAAGGACCAGAAGAUCCUGCUGUCCAUCUACAACAUCAGCAUGUCCCUGCGGGAGGCGGGGGCCGGCACCCUGCAGGGCCCCGAGGAGCUGGCGGUCUGGAGGGUGGCCAGGAACACCAACACUGUGCUCCGGGAGAACUGCAGGAAAAUCAGCAAGGGCCCGGCGCGCACCGCCCCGGCCCCGCGGCGGCCGCCGGCCCGCAGGAGGCAGCAGCGGCUGCGGGACAUCGGCAGGAAGGCGGAGAGGCUGGCGACCUGCUGGGAGAAGCUCAACGCCCUGCACGAUCCCCGCCAAAGCUCCUGGGACUCGUAG